CCAUUUUGACUAUGGAUCAGGGAAGGCGAAACAGCUAUACGCUCGGUUUAGCUACUUCAGCUACAUGGCCGCCAUAGAGAGCCGAAGUGGCAGGAGAACUCUGUCAGACUGUCAUAAACUCCUUGGUCUGAAGACAAUGCCGUGCCAUCUUAGAAACCUCUCCGUUGGAGCAGAAAUACGCUGUUAACUAUUAAUUUGCAUAUUCCCCUUGUGUUACAAAAGAGUAUCGAGAUAUUGAAGUAGUGAGGAAAGACCGAGAUCGAUUUCAGCCGUGUUCCCUGGUCUCUUAGAAGAUCCUGAGAGCAGUCGGCGUGUUCACUGGGGCCAUGGUGAUGUGCUCAGUCUUGUAGAAAAAGUUGGUGAACACUGGCAGGAAUUCUGCAAUGGUGUCAGGAAGAAAAAAUUUAUUUGGAAGGACAUUGCAGAUGAGAUGGGCCAGAAUGGUUUUGUUGUCAGUGGGGAUGAAUGUGACCGGAAGUGGAGAAAUCUCAAGAUCCGCUAUUUGGCAGUAUUGGAGAAGCAAAUGAGUGGAGAGAAGUCUGCCCACCGGAUUGACUAUUUUGAAAAGAUCCAUGCCUUCCUCAAUAAUGACCCUGUCACUUUGGCUUACUUGGAGCAGAGAAGUGUUCAGCAGAAAUGCAAGACCUCAGCAGACCAGAAUGCUGAGAAUGAAGAGGAGGAACCAGAUUUAGAUGAUGCAGGUAUACUUGACUGGAGUGACAGAGCUGUGCAGCUGCUCCUGGACCUUCUAUUGGAAUUCAGGGAUUGGUUCACUGACCAGGACAAUAAUUGGGAUGACAGCACUAUCUGGGAGACCAUCUCAGAGCAAAUGAAGCUGGAGGGCUACCAGCCAUCUUCAGAACAGUGUUGUCACAAGUGGGCUUCAUUGACUAUGGAGUUUCAACAUCACAAAACAGAGGCUGAGGCCACUGGGUCAGUACCACUUUGGCCAUACUAUACACGUGUCAGACAUGUCCUGGCUCAGGUGGGAAGGCCAACUGUCAGCAAGGCCAACACAUCAGUUACGCUUGAAUCAGGUUCUAAAAAGUCUUUCAAACGAGGAAUGAAAAGAACACGAAACAAUACGAAGAUGAAAGCAAUACCUGUCUGCAAGCAAGAGAUUCAGGAUAUUGACAUUGUAGAGGAGCAAAUUGAAGCUGAUACUGCAUAUACAGAAUUAGAGUUUCCAAAGGCACAGAAAGUUUCAGGUAGGCCUACUACAGCAGGCACAGUAAAGAAUGCUUUGCAGCCAGGGGAUAUUAGGGAGGUCUGCCAACGUUUGGAGAACAUAGAAGAGAACAUGGCUAUCUGCCGUCGCCUGGAUCAUUUGGAGGCUCAGUUGGAUGGUGCAGCUGAACAGCGCCGAGCUCAACAGCAGACUAAUACUCUUCUCAGCCAAGUUCUGACUGAGUUAUCAGCACUGCGGCGCACUCUCAGCACAAGGCCUGUUCACAAGAUACAGGAUCCAACAGACCUGUCCUCUGGCAUCACUAUUGUUGUACCUCAGUCUCAACAGCUCCAGUGAAGAUCCUAAAUCUAGGGAUGAAGAACCAAAGAUCCAAACACCCAUAUGCUAUUAUUGUUUGAUAUUCUAGAUGAGUCUUUUGUACUGCACAAAAUGAUGUAUAUUUAGUAAAAAGAGUAAUUUUG